AUGUCCGACCACGACCCCUUCCCCAACGUCAAAGACAAGCUCACAGCCCCCACCAAAAAGUCCGCCUUCGAAAAGUCCCGCCUCGAAGCCGAAGCCAAGCGCCUCCGCGAAGAAGCCGAGACCGCCGCCGUGCUCAAAGACUUUGUCGCCUCGUUCGACGAGCCCGAGCCGCCACUCCCCUUCCCGUCCUCCUCCUCCUCUCGCGGCUCCUUCCGCGGUGGCGCAAGAGGAGGAGGAGGAGGAGGAGGAGGAGGAGGAGGGAUUGGGAGACGGCACUUCACGGCGCAACCGCCGCCAGCGGCGCUGCAGCGGAAGCGCAACCUGGAGGCGGCGUUUGAGCGCGAUGGCGACGAUGCGGGCGGGGUGUUUGGCGGUGUGGGGGGGCUGGGGGAGCGGGAGAAGAGGAGGCUGCGGGAGGGGAAUGUGGGGCUGUUGGCGUUUGAGAAUUCGGUUGGUGGGGCGAAGGAUGAUGAUGAUGAUGACAGUGACUCCGAGACGUCCAAGCCACACCCGAAACCCACGCUCUCGCUCACGUCGCUGCCGCCGUCGACUACAAAACCGAUCCUCACGGCCCUCCUCGCGUCCACGCCGCUGCGCAUCGACUCGAUCCGCAUCAUCCCCGCGCCGCCGCCACCGGGCCCCAGCCAGCCCUCGCCCAGCAUCCGCAAAGCCGCCUCCGCGCUCAUCACGCUCUCGCCCGAGACACCCAGCUCCGACAUCGACGCGGCCGUGACCACCCUCAACGGGCGCUACCUCGGCACCGGCUUCUGGCUCACCAUCAGCCGGCACCUCCCCUCCACCAUCAGCACCACCACGCCGCUCCCCGCGCCCACCACCGCCCCCUUCAACGCCACAGCCCCCACCCCCUCCACCUCCACCCACCACCGCCACCACCACCACCGCCACCGCCCCCCUCCCCCGCCCGCCCACCGCGGCGGCUUCGCACCCCCGCCAAACUACCGCGCCCCCAACCCCUCCUCCUCCUCCUCCUCCACCACCCCAGCAACAGCCUCCCUCCAGGUCCACGUCGCCCCACCAAACGACAUCCGCCAGCUCCGCCUCAUCCACAAAACCCUCGAAGCCCUCAUCACCCACGGGCCCGCCUUCGAAGCGCUGCUCAUGGCCAGCGACGACGUGCGCUCCGACGCGCGCUUCGCAUGGCUGUGGGACGCGCGCUCCCCGGCCGGUGUGUACUACCGCUGGAAGCUGUGGUCGCUGGUGACGGGGCAGCACCGCCCGCCGCCGGCCAUCGAGGUGUUUGAGCCGACGCCGGCGCUGGCCGCGCUGUGGAUCCCGCCGCGGCGCGCGCUGCGGUACGAGUUUGCGGGCGCGAUGCGCGACGUGAGGGAGGACAGCGACUUUAGCAGUGAGGAGCUGCUGGAGGAUGACGAGGAUGAGGGUGGGGCUGGGGGGGGCGCGGCGGAGGGGGUGGAGAAGAGGGGGUAUUUGGGGGUGUUGGGGAGGGCGAAGCUGGUGCAUUUGGUGGCGAGGGUGCCGACGCAGACGAUGAAGGUGCGGCGCGGGGACGUGGGGCGGGUUAUGGCGUUUGCGAUGGAGCAUGCGGAGGGCGGGAUGGGGGAGGAGGUGGUCGACGUGUUGGUUGGCAAUGUGUUGCGGCCCCUCGCAUUCACCCGGGCCGCGAAAGGCGAGGACGACGACGAGGAGGAGAAGGAGAAAGAGAAGGAGGAAGGGAGUGGGGAGAAGGGCGCGGAGGAGACACACGCGGCCAAGAUCGUGGCGCUGUGGAUCAUCUCCGACGUGCUCAGCAACAGUUCUCUAGGAAUCCGGAACGCGUGGCGGUACCGCCAGCUGUUUGAUGUGGCGCUGAGGGAGAGGGGCGUGUUUGCGCAUCUGGGCGAGGUGUAUCGCACGCCCGGGUGGGGGCGCAUGAAGGCGGAGAAGUUUCGGAGGGGCGUGGUGGAGGGCGUGCUGGAGUGGUGGGAGAAAUGGUGCAUAUUCCCGCAAACCACCCAAGACGCCUUCCUCACCUCCUUCCUCACACCCCCCACCCCACCCCCCACCACCACCACCGCCCCCAGAACCACCCCCAACACCAGCACCAGCACCCCCAGCACCACCACCAAACUCCCCACCACCACCACCGCCACCACCUCCCCCGCGCCCAAAAGCAAAUGGAAAACCGUCGAGACCACCCCCUCCUCCUUCAACCCGCUCACCGCCGACCAGCCCGCAGACUCGCCCACAUCCGACGUCGACGGCGAGCCCAUGGUCGACGACGAUGACGAUGUGGACGGCGAGCCUAUGCUUGAGGAUGACGAGGAGGAGGAGGAGGAGGAGGAGGAUAAUGACGGUGAGCCGAUGCAGGAGGAUGAUGAUGAUGGGCAGGAGGACAAUGGGGGGGAAGGAGAGGAGGAGGAGGAGGAUGAUGAUGGGGAUAGGGAUGUGAAAGAGAUGUUUGAUGAUGGUGCGGCGGUGAAGCCUUCUUUUUCUGGGGGUGCGGUGGGGGGUAGUGGGGUUGGAGGAGUGGCAGGAGGGGUGGGGGGUGGGGGAGUGAGGAAGAGGAUGAGGGCCGAGGAUAUGUUUGCGGAUGAAGAGUAG